AGCCGGGUCAGCGCUGGGUCCCUCCCCAUUGCUGCCCUGGCGUUUAUAUAUGGGGCGUGUACCCCAGCUACAGAGUUUCAGCAGUCUAGAUAGCUGCGGCUGACACUUUGGCUAGGUACUCGCUCUCCCACCUCCGCUGGGAAAGCGAUUAGAACUAUUUCAGAUCUUAAGGAAUCAACCCUUUCCUAUCCAGUCGUGGCUCAUCCAAAGCUUCCGAGGAAAGUGGGAUCUUUUGGUCCUUCCUGCAUUUCCGACCAUUACAGGAUCUAGAAAUGUCUACAACACUGUUAUCUGCCUUCUACGACAUCGACUUCUUUUGCAAGACCGAGAAAUCGUUGAGCAACAUGCUGGACAAGAAAGCCGUGGGGAGCCCCGUGGGCACCUCUCCCAGCUCCAACUUUGCGCCGGGCUUCCUGCGGAGACACUCGGCCAGCAACCUGCAGGCUCUGUCCAACGGCAACGCCAAGUUCCCGGGUGGCUCUUCAUCCUCUCCCUCGUCCUUCGCCAAUCUUAAGGAGCCUGUCCCCGGAGGAGGAGGGAGCAGCAGCCCUACCGUCGCCGUCGCCGCCGCCACCACCGCCUUGCUGAACAAGGAGAACAAGUUCCGAGACCGGUCCUUCAGCGAGAAUGGCGAACGGAGCCAACACCUCAUGCAGCAGCUUCAGCAGCAGCAAGUGGUGGUGACGGCGGCGGCGGCUUCGGCGGGGAAGGGCGGCGGCGGCAAUGGCAAUGGCAGCGGAGGAGGGGGCGGCGGCGGCGGCGCGCCCAUUAACUCGACGCGCUACAAGACGGAGCUGUGCCGGCCUUUCGAGGAGAGCGGCGCCUGCAAGUACGGCGAGAAGUGCCAGUUCGCCCACGGCUUCCACGAGCUCCGCAGCCUGACGCGCCACCCCAAGUACAAGACGGAGCUCUGCCGCACUUUCCACACCAUCGGCUUCUGCCCUUACGGGCCUCGCUGCCACUUCAUCCACAACGCCGACGAGCGCCGCCCCGCGCCCGCCAACGGCAGUUCAGGAAACAGCGCCCCGCCGCCUCCCCCGCCGCUGCCUCCUCAGCAGGGCUGCUUCUCCAGUGCGGCCCCUUUUUACCGCUGCCACCAGCAGCAAGGCGGCGGCGUUGGCGUUGGCGGGGGAGGAGGCGGCGGCGGCGGAGGGAGUUGCUGCCCGCCGCCCGGCCCUCCCGCCUCUCCGCCUUUCAGCUUCCAGCCUUUGCGCCGCCUCUCCGAGUCGCCCGUCUUCGAUGCUCCUCCCAGCCCUCCCGAUUCCCUCUCCGACCGAGAGAGUUACCUGAGCGGCUCGCUCAGCUCGGGCAGCCUCAGCGGGUCGGAGUCUCCCAGCCUGGACUCGGGCCGGCGCCUGCCCAUUUUCAGCCGCCUCUCCAUCUCCGACGACUGAGGCAUGAGAGGAGAAAGUGGGACCAGGAAGGGGGGGGGAGCGAGGGCUGGCCGGCCUCCUUAAGCUGUCGAUCUUUGGGGAGCCCCUUCUUUUGGGGACCCUCAGGGCUGGCAGCCACCCCCACCUCCUUCCCUGUGCUCUAGUUUUCUGCCUUCUCCCCCAGGAGCAGAGACUGCAGCCGCCUGGAAAACUAGCCAAGCUCGCACAGACCCUUCAUUGUUGUUGCCUCUUUUUCCCUUGCCUUAUAAUGUGUAUUUUUUUGUUGUUUUAAAAAAAAGAGGAAAAUCCUUUGAUGAGCAGAUUCAGAGAAGAGGAAGCAGAAGAAAGGUUUUUAUUUUCUAUUAUCAAGAGAUGAACAAAAAAAAUCAUUUUGCAAAGGGGCAAAUGAUGUCAUCAAGCGAACAAUCUUUUUUUUAAUAUCUAAAGAGACGCUGGAAGGAGGAUUUCUUUUUUUUUCUUUUCCUUUUUAUUCUCCCUUUUGGAGACUAGUUUAAUGUGCACCAGCAGCAGCAGCCAUUCCAUUUUCAAGUCUGUAUGUGGGGAGGGGAUGAGACAAAGGGUAAAGAUGAGAGCGUUACCAAACAAAUUACCCAAUCCUGCUCCCCAGGAAUCAACAAUCAGUCUGGAGGUCCAUGAACUCUGCAUUCCAGGUCCCUCCAGAUUUAUAUACAACAAUAACAACAAAAAAGUGUAAGGAGUGUGAGAUUGUUGUUGUUUUGCCUUUCAAUCAAAUUUAAAGUAAGUGUACUAAAUGUAUAAGCUUUUAAAAGAAAAAUCCAACCAUCCUGCCAAGAAUAUGCCUUGAUAACACUCUAGUUUUUUAUAUAUAUCUAUAUAUAUUAUAACAUGCUAAAACUUCCAUUCCAAAGUUUAAUAUUGGUUCCAUUGCCACCACUUAGUGGAUGUUUGGCUUAGAACAAUUUUUGUUGCUUUAUUUGGAAGCAUUCAACUGAGUUUAGUUUGUAAUUGAUGGCGAAUAACUGCUGAUUUUUUAAUUUUUUUUAGCUGAGUUGAUUGCGCAAGUCACUGCACAACUCAAUAUGAAACUAUUUAACUUAUUUAUUAUCUUGUGAAAAGUAUACAUUGGUAAUUUGUUCAUACUGUAUUUAUCGGGUAUGAUGAAAAGCAAUAGAUAUAUAUUCUUUUAUUAUGUUUAAAUUAUGAUUGCCAUUAUUAAUCGGCAAAAUGUGGAGUGUGUUCUUUUCACAGUAAUAUAUGCCUUUUUGUAACUUCACCUGGUUAUUUUAUUGUAAAUGAGUAAAAUUCUUAAUUUAAGAGAUUGUAUGUAAUAUUUAUUUCAUUAAUUUCUUUCCUUGUUUACGUAAAUCGAAAGAUUGCAUUGGAUUUUUUUAUAGAAAUCUGACUCAAUGCUGUGGAACUAGUUUUGAGAAAUUUCAAUGGGUUUUUAGAAUGUACAAUGUUUGUAACCCGUCCAAACUUAGACCUACUUUGCAAUCAGAAUUUAAAGUGGGAAACCUAAUUCAAAAUUAUAAAAUUAACCAAAAAAGUAUUCACGUUGCCUAACUUCACCAAUCACACUGUGAUAGUCUCAAAAGUAUGUAGCAAUAAAAGGGUGGGGGGUGGGGUCCCAGUAUUACGUUUCAUAGUGCCUUCAUAAGGGUCCAUGCUUGCCUUAAAUCUUCCUCAACCAAAUAAGUAUUUUUCUUAAGGCUUGAGAAUUUGAAUGUAGGGCUGGGUUUUUAACUACAAGAAGUUGUACCACUCUUUUGUAAGCAAAGAAGCCAUCCUUUUGCCACCUUUUGGAUCUGAACUUUUUUGCAUACAUGAGCAUAUCUUUAUUAAAGUUCCAAAAUGAGUAACUUCUUUAUUGUUUAGAAAGUCAAAAGUUACCCAAAACUUUCCUUGAAAGGUGGAUGAACGAGCAGUACCUUUUAAAAAUGUACAUAGGUACAGGUUCAGCACUAUGUACUCUUUGGACUACUUUAACAGAAGUAUGUUUUGAAUGUAACUAGAAAAUGAGUCAACUUGAGUUGUAAUAUAUUUUGGAGAGUCAGUUCACUACAUAUUUGGAGUGUGAGACUGUAAACUUUGUACUGUAAAUGUUUUGUAGUUCUCCCAAUAAAAAAAUUUGAGGAAAAAAAAUCCCAAGCUAUUAAA